AUCAUUCGGUACGUGCAGGGUGGAAUGGGUGCUGCAAAUAGAAGUUGCCUGCCAACUCCCUCCCCCUCCUUCUUCUUCUUCUUCUUCUUGUCUAUAUAUAAAACGAAAACGCUCCCCAACAACCCACCCUUUUUCACACACAAAAGUCGAGUUUGUCUGUUUGUUUGUUUUUUUUCCCCCCUUCUCUGAAAGCUCAUUCGAAAUCACAACAAUGGAGCGAAGCAAUUAUGGCCGUGGAGGUCGUGGUGGUGGUGGUGGUCGUGGAGGAAGAGGUGGUGGUGGUGGUGGUCGAGGUAGUGUCGAUCGCCAGUAUCAGGGCGGAGGAGGACGAGGAGGAGGUUGGGGUAGAGGCUCCACCUUCCAACAACCGACUCAACAGUGGGGCCCUCGGCCUCAGCCACCGCCGCCGAGGCCCGAAUCGGCCGAAUCCUCCACCGCAAGAGGCGGCGAACGAGGAGCUUGGGGUCGCCCUGCUCCUGCUCCUGCUCCUGCUCCUGCUCCUGCUCCUGCUCCUGCUCCUGUUCCUGUUCCUGUUCCUGUUCCUGUUCAGUCACAGAGGGCUCCUGCACCUCGUUCUGAUCCUUCUAUUCCAGAUAUCUCGUCACUGAAGAUAAGUUCGGGGAGUAAUCUGCUCCCUGUAAGAAGACCGGACACAGGUGGCACACUUGCCAUUCAGUCUCCCAAACUUAGUGUCAACCAUUUCCCAGUGAGGUUCAAUGAGAAAACCAUCAUUAUACAUUAUGAUAUAGAUAUUAAACCGGAUGUUUCUUCCAAGAGUCGUCCUGCAAGAGUAUCAAAAUCUGUUCUGAGUAUGGUCAAGGACAAGCUGUUCUCUGAUGAUCCUGCCCAAUUUCCUCUGUCGAGGACUGCCUAUGAUGGUGAGAGGAAUGUAUUCAGUGCAGUUCCACUGCCCACUGGAACAUACAAAGUGGAUUUCUCUGGUGGGGAGGACAUGAAGAGUAGUUCUUACACAGUUACUAUAAAGCAUGUAAAUGAGCUGGAAUUAGGCAAGCUCAAGGAGUACUUGAGUGGGAAAGUCCUGUCCAUCCCUCGUGACGUACUACAGGGUAUGGAUUUGGUAAUGAAAGAGAAUCCAUCUAGACAUAGAAUCUGUGCCGGUCGAGGCUUUUAUUCUGCAACAUCCGCAGAUGAUCUCGGGGUUGGUAUUAUAGCAUCUAAAGGCUUCCAACAAAGUCUAAAGCCCACCUCCCAGGGUCUUGCCUUGUGUUUGGACUAUUCUGUUUUGGCAUUCCGCAAGCGAUUGCCAGUUAUAGAUUUCCUUAAGGAACAUGUUAGGGGAUUUCGAGGAGUAAAUGAUGUGACAAGGUUGAGAACAGAUGUCAAGAAUGCAUUGGAAGGCCUGAAAGUUACAGUAAAUCAUCGUAUUACCAAACAAAAAUACACCAUUGCUGGGUUAACUGAUCGCAGCACACGAGAUCUUUCAUUUGAUAAUGUGGAUCCAGAGGGCAAAGCUCCACCAAGGCGAGUUAGCCUUGUUGAGUAUUUCAGGGGAAAAUAUGGUAAGGAAAUUAUGUACAAGGAUAUUCCAAGCUUGGAUUUGGGGAAAAAUGGUAGAAUAAACUAUGUACCAAUGGAAUUCUGCAUCUUGGUUGAGGGGCAGAGGUUCCCAAAGGAGAACUUGAACGACAGAGGAGCCAAGUUGUUGAAGGAAAUGUCGCUGAUUCGGCCAGCGGUCAGAAGGAAAACAAUUUGUGAAAUGGUGCAGGCUGAGGAUGGACCUUGCGGGGGGAAUGUUGCUCGAGGUUUUGACAUAGAAGUCAUCAAGGACAUGACAAUGGUGAAAGGCCGUGUCAUUGGGCCACCUCAGUUGAAGCUUCGAGCUCCCGAUGGCAACCUAAAUGCAGUAAGCGUGGACAGGGUGAAAUGUCAUUGGAAUCUCGUCAGGAGAUCAGUGGUGGAAGGCAAACCAGUUCAGAGCUGGGCUUUACUAGAUUUCAGCUCUUCUGAUCUAAACUAUUUUGUUCCACAACUUAUAAAAAAGUGCAAUAAUCUAGGGAUUCGAAUGAAUGAGCCUCUCGUCUAUCGGUCCACAAACAUGCGCCCAUUUUCUGAUAUUGAUCAGCUUCGAAGUCUUAUCGAAAAUGUCAUUAAGGAGGCUAAUGAGAAAUACAAGAGUCAAUUACAAAUCGUUGUCUGUGUAAUGGAUGGGAAGCAUCCUGGCUACAAGUCUCUCAAAUGGCUAACCGAGACCCAGAUUGGGAUACUGACUCAAUGUUGCUUGUCCAAUCAUGCUUACGAAGCAAAAGAUCAAUAUCUUGCCAAUCUUGCUCUCAAGAUUAAUGCCAAGCUUGGAGGUAGCAACGUUGAGCUCAAUCAACGCCUCCCUCGUUUUGAUGGCGAAGGACACGUUAUGUUUGUGGGAGCCGAUGUCAAUCACCCUGCUGCUCGAAACUCAACCUGUCCAUCAAUGGCAGCGGUGGUUGCUACACUCAAUUGGCCUGCUGCAAAUCGUUAUGCUGCACGUGUUUGCCCCCAGUACCACCGGAAAGAGAAUAUUUUGAAUUUUGGGGUCAUGUGUCAGGAACUUAUCCGAACUUAUGCUCAGAUCAACAAGGUAAAGCCAGCAAGAAUCGUCGUCUUCCGAGAUGGGGUGAGUGAGGGCCAAUUCGAUAUGGUUCUCAAUGAGGAAUUGCUUGAUCUGAAAAUGGCCAUUUAUGAGGAACAUUACCGGCCAACGAUUACUCUUGUUGUUGCCCAGAAGCGACACCAAACUCGUUUGUUUCCCGAGAGCAUGAAGGAUGGGAGUCCUGACGGCAAUGUGGUUCCUGGAACAGUCGUCGACACGGUAAUCACUCAUCCAUAUGAUUUUGAUUUUUACCUUUGCAGCCAUUAUGGGAGCAUGGGGACAAGCAAGCCUACCCACUACUAUGUCCUCUGGGACGAGCACAACUUCACAUCCGAUCAGUUGCAGAAGCUCAUAUACGACAUGUGCUUCACUUUCGCUCGAUGCACGAAACCGGUCUCUCUUGUCCCGCCAGUGUACUACGCUGACCUUGUCGCGUUCAGGGGGCGUAUGUUCCAAGAGGUGGUUAUGAAAUUGCCUCCUGGCUCAGCAUCAUCAUCAUCCUGCUCGUCAUCAUCUUCGCAUGCUAUGGUUUCAAUAACCCAGCAGUCCGCUUCAUUCGAUGAGAAGUUCUACAAGCUGCAUCCUGAGCUUGAGAACAUCAUGUUUUUCAUCUGAAGGCUCAGAAAUGGUCACCCAAUCUCCUUUGCAACACUCAAUGGAGGAAAAAACAGCCCAGCGUACGCUGAUCAAAUCUCCUUUUCUAGACCAGUGAAGGAGUUUGUGCGUGAAUCUAAUGGGUUUUCUGUUUCUGCUUUUGUUUUUGUUUUUGUUUUUGCUGUGGGUUUAUCGUGGUUGGUGUGGAACCUUGUACUUUGUGUUUAUGUUUCUUUUUGCUUGUAUUAUGUUUGAAGGUUAUGGUGUCUUUUGGAUUUCAUGUGUCUGUAUGUGAACUGAUGAAAUAUUUGGCUUUAGAUUUGUUUGAAGAUUGAUCAAAAUUUAUGUC